CGCGACGGUACAGACGGGACAGAGCGGUGCUGUGCGGAGCCCCCGUGCAGCCAACUCGUUCCUUUCUGACCGGAGCGUUUUGGUGGAUUUUCUGUGGUGCGAGCGACCUCGAGGCCAGACCGCGGGACUCGGUGACACGGAGCUUUUGCGAGGUGUCCCCAAUCCCUGCGGCAGCUGCCCUCAAGGCCGCACUGCAGGACUUGCUAACCCCUAGCGUUUGCUAGGCUUUUCUGUCUUUCAGGUGUCCUUGAGCCCAGCCUGCAGGACUUGCUGACCCAUACCGUUUGUUAGGCUUUUCUCUCUUUCAGGUGCCCUCGAGGCCAGACCGCAGGAUUGGGGACCCGGAAAUUUUCCGGAGUCUCCAAUCCCUGCGGUAGGUGGCCUCGAGGGCAGCCUGCCGGACUUGGUCACCCGGAGAUCUUCCGAGGUGUCUCUCUCUUGCAGGUACCUUCAAGAGGCAGACUGUGGGAUGGCGGGAAGACGCCUGAGCCUGCUCAGGCCCUUUCGGAAGAAGAAGGAAGGCCCUGGAGCUGCCCCAUUCCAGCACCCGGAGAAGAUGGAGCAGUUGCAUCCCCUGCAGGAAGAUCCAGGACGGGACCGGACACAAGAACACGACCGUGCCCGUGGCCGCUUCCGCAGGGCAGCACAGGCCUUUCUGAGAUUCUUGGGCAUUCGGCGUAAAAGGACCACAACCAGACCAACCGAGGUCAUGGCACAGCCUGACCCCAGCCCGACUGAGCUCGAGGCAGACCCUGAUGUCACCACCGCACUGACUGAUGGCACAGGACGCUGUGAUACCCCGACGAUUGUUCACGCAACAAAGUCUGACCCUACUAUGACUGAUGCUACAACAGACCCUGACAGCCCAUCGAUGGAUCGCACUGCAACCCCUGACAUCCCGUUGAGCGAUGAACCAACAAACUCUGGCCCUGCACCGCCCGAUCUCACUGCGGAGGCCGACGCUGCAAUGACCGAGGGCACUGCAGACACUGACCUCGUGCCCAGGGAGAGUGUGAAUUCUGCUCCCACUCCAGAUAUUUUUGAGGAGAAUGGUGUCUCCAGUCCAGAGCAAGUGCCAGCCUUCGUCAGGAACGUGCACCAGAGACUGACAGCCAACGCGACUCCAGAAGAGAAGCUGCUGACGGAGUUUCUGAGGGUGACUGACGAACACCCUGCUGAUGUUGUGCUCACCCUCCUGCGCUGUGCCCCAUCGUGUGACAGAGCUGCUGCAACCCUGUGGAAGAUCAUCGCCUCAUCGGGAAGGACAGUGGCGAAGGUGCUGCCAAAGCUGCUCCGUGUGAUGCAGAACUGGCCAUGGCUCAGCAUGCCCACCUCCGACGGGGACAAAACAGAUGUCUUUGCCCUGGCUGCAACCAGGGUGAUUUGGGAGAUUCUCCAGACGCUCCAGUGCCCAGAGCCAUUGAAAAAGUAUUCCCCCCGUCUCCUCGUGGAUCUGCUCUUCCAGAUUUCCAUCACCAGAGAGCAGACGCCAGAGGAAGUUGACACCUUGUGGAGGGAAUGCCAGAAGCAAUACGACCUUCCAACAGACUCCAAGAGGUUUGCAGUGCUGACCCUGAAGGCCCUGCUUUGUCAUCUGGAGUGUGAAGAUGUCGUGCUUUCAAUGGAACAGAAGCGCGGCUGGGACACGCUCCUCAGCGCCGACACCCACCACUACGCAGUGGGUCUGCUGGCCAGGGAGAUGCGCCGUGCCUCGAGCCCCUUGUAUUAUCCGAUUGCCCGCUGCCUGCUGAGGCUGCUCACCAUAGAGAAGAACUCCUGGGAGCUUCCUGCCAUGGCAUUCCUUGUGGAGGCCCUGGACUGCCCGGACAUGACUGAAUGGAGGGACAGCAUCCUGGAGAUCCUUUCAAGGCACCUGGGGAGCGAGUGCCCAGAGAUGCGUCGCCUGGUGCUGAGAGGCCUCGUGGUGCUGAGCAAGGCUCCUGGGAUGGCUGAUGGCGUGCGGAGCCUGACACCAAGCCUCAUGGAAGUACUGUGCGAUACAGACGGAGAGUUGGUCAGGAUGGCCCUCUCUGUAUUCAUCAAUGAAGUCCAGGACAGAGACAUCCGAAUCUCCACCCCCACUGCCCUGCAGUUGGCUGAGAUGCUCCAGCCACUCUUUGGCUAUGUAAGGCUCUGUGCCCCCCACCCCAGGUGCUGGGUGCUGCCAGGAAACUGUGGCCUGUGGAUGUGCAGGCUUGUGCCCCGGUGGGCCUGGAGCAGCCGGUGCUGA